GUCGUCUAGUGAAACGCAUCACUCAGUGGCCGCGUUCUCCCAUACUAGUCGUCCGUGAAAGCCUCCCGCGCGUGCUUUGAAAACUUUUUAAACUAAAACAGUGCUAACAUGAAUGUGAUAUUAGUUUAGUUAUUUGACUAGGCAAUUAAACUGAAUAGUUGAGUUUUUAAGGAUCAAAAUGACUGCCGGUUCCGAAGAGCACGAACCGCUAAUUUCUUCGUCCGUGGAUAAUCAGCGUGUGACCUAUAGUAAUUCUCCACAGGGCAGUACCCACAGCGGCAGUCCUCGCACGAGUGGAGAAGAAGUAACCCUAGCAAUCCCAUCCUCACGAGGCUAUGGGGCUAUCGGAGGCGUGGAGAAGGUCACAUACACCUGGGCAGAUGUUAACGCGUUCGCUACAGAAGACAGAUCCAGAAAUAGAAAGUUUUGGCACUUUUGGAGGAGCUCCUCAGAUCGCAUGUUCCAGCAGAGGAAGCAGUUGCUUAAAAAUGUAAAUGGAGCAGCGUAUCCGGGGGAGCUCCUGGCUAUAAUGGGGUCAUCUGGCGCUGGGAAGACCACCCUCCUGAACACGUUGACCUUCAGAACGCCCAGCGGAGUAGUGUCCUGUGGUACCAGAGCGUUGAACGGCCAGCCUGCCACUCCUGAGAUGAUGGCGGCGUUGUCGGCGUACGUACAGCAGCAGGACCUGUUUAUUGGGACCCUUACAGUCCGGGAGCAUUUAGUAUUUCAGGCUUUAGUGCGUAUGGAUCGGCACAUCCCCUACGCUCAGCGAAUGCGGCGAGUCCAGGAAGUCAUUUCUGAACUGGCUCUAUCCAAAUGCCAAAACACAGUGAUCGGGAUCCCAGGUCGGUUGAAGGGCAUAUCUGGAGGGGAGAUGAAGAGGCUAUCCUUCGCGAGUGAAGUCCUUACAGACCCUCCGCUCAUGUUCUGCGACGAACCUACCUCUGGAUUGGACUCAUUUAUGGCACAGAAUGUUAUCCAGGUACUUAGUGGAUUAGCUAAAAAAGGCAAAACCGUGAUAUGCACGAUACACCAGCCCUCGUCUGAACUUUAUGCCAUGUUCGACAAGCUGCUAAUCAUGGCUGAUGGCCGAGUAGCCUUCCUGGGGUCACCAGACCAGGCUACGGAAUUCUUUAAAGAGCUUGGGGCAGCAUGCCCUGCGAAUUACAAUCCAGCAGACCACUAUAUUCAACUCCUGGCUGGUAUACCAGGUCGGGAAGAAACAACUCGACACACAAUUGAUACCGUCUGCACUGCUUUCGCCAAAUCGGAACUAGGAUGCAAAAUAGCUGCUGAAGCCGAAAAUGCCUUAUAUCAUGAGCGUAAAAUUUCCGCCGGUUGGGCAGAUUCUGCUUGGUCUAACGCGGUUGCGAUGCGGUCUCGUCGUUCCCCAUACAAAGCCUCCUGGUGGGCACAGUUCCGGGCAGUGCUGUGGAGAUCAUGGCUUUCUGUUACGAAAGAACCUAUGCUUAUCAAAGUGCGCUUCUUACAAACUAUUAUGGUAUCAAUUCUUAUCGGCGUGAUUUACUUUGGGCAACAUUUGGAUCAAGACGGCGUAAUGAACAUCAACGGAGCCAUUUUCAUGUUCCUUACCAAUAUGACGUUCCAGAACAUAUUUGCUGUUAUAAAUGUAUUCUGCUCAGAGCUGCCAAUAUUCAUUCGCGAGCACCAUUCAGGGAUGUACCGCGCGGACGUGUACUUCCUCUCGAAGACGCUGGCCGAGGCGCCGGUGUUCGCGACCAUACCACUUGUCUUCACCACAAUAGCCUAUUACAUGAUAGGCCUCAACCCCGCUCCGGAGAGGUUCUUGAUUGCUUCGGGCUUGGCUGCUCUUAUUACCAACGUUGCUACUUCGUUUGGUUACCUGAUAUCAUGUGCAAGCAGCAGUGUGAGCAUGGCCGCGUCCGUGGGACCGCCCAUCAUCAUUCCCUUCAUGUUGUUCGGAGGAUUCUUCCUUAACUCAGGAUCCGUACCACCAUACCUGGGCUGGAUAUCGUACCUGUCGUGGUUCCGGUACGGCAACGAAGCGCUGCUGAUCAACCAGUGGUCCGGCGUGGAGACCAUCGCGUGUACCAGGGAGAACUUCACCUGUCCUGCUAGUGGGGAUGUUGUGUUGACUACGCUUAGCUUUUCCGAGAAAGACUUCACGAUGGACGUGGUCAACAUGGUCCUGCUGUUCAUCGGGUUCCGUCUGCUCGCCUACUUCGCUCUGCUGUGGCGCACGCGCCGCGGGAAGUAGCGGUUUUACUAGCACAAACAAAACCUCUGAGUCCUGAUCAGUGGCGUGCACUUCAUCUGUAUCAUGGAACAUAUCAUAAAUGCAAAAAUAUGUAUCUGUCUAUUAUGCUGUUACCUUGAAAGAAUACCCUGAGUGUAAAUUUUCAUUAAAGAUACCCAAAUUACGUUAAUCUGCCAAAAAUUGUGAUGUAUUUUGGCAGAUUAUUUGAAAUCACGAGCGUAUAUGUCGCUCAUUAUAAAUUAAAGAUUAUCUAAGUUUUAAUUAUAAUAUGCAAGGCAAACUGACUUUGCGAAAAGGAACGCUUGCAUCCUAUUGAUAGACAUAGGGCAAAAUACUAUAUUUUAUAACAGAAAUAAUAAGUAUAUCUUCUUCGUGUGGGAAACAGGAAAAACUCAUUUAAAUCCUAGGCGGACGAUACGGGCAAACGCUAGAAUGUACACGCAAAAUAGCAUAGCAAGAGAUAAGGAUGUUCUAUUUUGUAUCACUUGCCUACAGUUUUUAAGCCGAGUCAGUCAGUCCCUGGUCAAAAUUCCUGUGCACGCUAUUGCCUCCUACUGCCAGGUAGUUUAGUUUCAAAUAAAUGGCAGGGCUGUGGUUGCUCUGUUUUAUAAUAGUCCGACUAAAGGUAGAAACACAUAAAUAGGUACUUAUAUAUAAGCGACACGCAACUUAAGUGGAAAUUAAUAGCAGUAAAACCGAAAUAUACUAUAAAUCACACGUCCUUCAAGAUGGGGUGUUGCAUAUGUGUUUCUACCCUUAAAACUUCACCCCAUGUUCACAUUAAAAGCUGAUCACACAUUUGUACGUACCACACAAUGGCAACCCUACCAGAGUGAACUAGAGUGAGGGAACUGUCGGUUUGAUCCUGAAUCAACGAUAUGUGAAAUGUUUGCCAUGGUGACGUGAAAUCAAAGAAAAAUAGGGCUACUUUAGGGCUACACGCGUCAAAUGUACUAACAUUUGACGCCUGCCAGUGUCGCCGAAGCCUCGACGUUUUGUUAGAAGUUCCCUAACUGUCAAGAACUGUGUACCUACUCUUCAUACCUACAAUCAAAUUCAAAUUCAAAUUAUUUUUAUUCAAUUAAAAGUGCUUUUGAAUCGUCAAAAUAAUCUACCACUGGUUCGGA